UGGAGGAAUGUAGACACGGAGUGCUUUAAAAAUAGCAUCCUCUCCUCUGACAGCGCUGCUCCGGUGGCUCCGCAGCACUGUGGUGCGAGAAGCAGGAAUGCGAAGAUGGCUGCAGACCUCGGAGAGCUGCUGGUCCCGUACAUGCCCACCAUCAGAGUGCCCAGGACGGGGGACAGGGUCUUCAAGAGCGAGUGCGCCUUUUCCUUCGACUCUCCCGAGUCAGAGGGAGGCCUGUAUGUGUGCAUGAACACAUUCCUGGGCUUUGGACGAGAACAUGUGGAGAGGCACUAUCGCAAAACAGGACAGAGUGUUUACAUGCACCUCAAACGACAUGUCAAAGAGAAAGCCACAGGAGCUGCAGGAGGCGCCAUCCCCAGACGAAGAAAUGGAAAAGUGUUUCUAGAUUUAGAGCUAAACCGCGAUUUUAACGGGGAGGACUAUGAAUACGAAGAUGAGGCCAAGCUCGUCAUUUUUCCAGACCACUUCGAGAUCCCCUUACCAAAUAUUGAGGAGUUGCCCGCUCUGGUGACCAUCGCCUGUGACGCAGUACUCAACGCGCCAUCAGCUUACAAGAAGCAGGAGCCUGAAUCCUGGGAGGAGGAGAUCCAGGUGUCCAGACAUGCCAGGAGCCUCAGACAGCUGGAUAACGGGGUCAGGAUCCCGCCCAGUGGCUGGAAGUGUCAGAAGUGCGAGAUGAGAGAGAACCUGUGGCUGAACCUGACGGACGGAGCAGUGCUCUGUGGGAAGUGGUUCUUUGAUGGCAGCGGAGGCAACGGCCACGCUCUGGAGCACUACAGAGAGACCAACCACCCCCUGGCCGUCAAACUGGACACCAUCACACCAGAUGGAGCAGAUGUCUACUCAUUUGAGGAGGAGGAAGCUGUGCUGGACCCCCACGUAUCAGAGCACCUGUCACACUUUGGAAUAGACAUGCUACAGAUGCAGAAGAGGACAGAGAAUGGCCACCACACAGACAAUAACUCCCGGCCGCGGGUCAGCGAAUGGGAGGAGAUCCAGGAGUCUGGCAUGAAGCUGAAGGCGGUGUUUGGUUCUGGAUACACGGGCAUGAAAAACCUGGGCAACAGCUGCUACCUCGGUACUGUGAUGCAGGUCCUCUUCAGCAUCCCAGACUUCCAGAGGAUGUAUGUGGGUAAUCUUCAGAGGAUAUUUGACUAUUCCCCCCUCGACCCCAGCCAGGACUUUGCCACACAAAUGGCUAAACUGGGACAUGGACUGCUCUCAGGCCAGUACGCCAAACCACCCAUGAAAUCUGAGCUCAUUGAACAGGUGAUGAAAGAAGAAUACAAGGUAUUAAACUGGCACCAGCAGAAGGGCAUCUCUCCCCGGAUGUUGAAGGCCCUCGUCAGCAGGGGACACCCAGAAUUUUCCUCCAACAGACAGCAAGAUGCCCACGAGUUCCUCAUGCACAUCAUCAACCUUGUGGAGAGGAACAGCGCAGGCUCGGAGAAUCCAAGCGACGUCUUCCGCUUCCUGGUCGAGGAGCGAAUUCAGUGCUGCCAGUCACGUCGGGUUCGUUACACUCAGCGGGUAGACUACUGCAUCCAGCUGCCAGCACCCAUUGAGGCAGCCACCAAUCGAGAGGAGCUGCUGGCAUAUGAGGCCAAGCGGAAGGAUGCUGAGGAGAACAUGCGGGCUCCUCCUGCACCAGUGAGAGCGCGGAUCCCCUUCACCGCAUGCCUGCAGGCCUUCACAGAGCCGGAGAACGUCCCUGACUUCUGGAGCUCAGCGCUGCAGGCCAAGUCAGCCGGAGUCAAAACUUCCCGUUUUGCAUCCUUCCCAGAGUAUCUAGUUUUGCAGAUCAAGAAAUUCACAUUCGGGGUUGACUGGGUUCCGAAGAAACUAGACUUGGCCAUAGAUGUUCCAGACUUUCUGGAUCUGAGCCGGAUGCGGGCCACAGGGCUGCAGGCGGGUGAAGAGGAGCUGCCUGACCUCAUGCCUCCCAUCGUUCUACCCGAAGACACCAGAGAUAACUCCAUGAGCUCCAUGGACUCUCCAGAAAUAGACGAGGCAGCAGUAAUGCAGCUGGCGGAGAUGGGCUUUCCACUGGAGGCCUGUAGGAAGGCGGUCUACUACACAGGCAACAUGGGCCCGGAGAUGGCCUUCAACUGGAUCAUAGCCCACAUGGAGGAACCUGACUUUGCAGAACCUCUCACUCUGCCCUCCAUGAUGGAUCCUGGUCUCUCCACCAGUGACAGCCCCAUGGGUGCCACCCCGCUGGGCAACUCGCCCCCCGAGGAGAGCAUCGCCAUCCUCACUUCAAUGGGCUUCCCCCGCACUCACAGCAUCCAGGCGCUCAAAGCCACGAACAAUAACCUUGAGCGAGCACUCGACUGGAUCUUCACCCACCCGGAGGAGGAGGAGAGUGACGCCCUUUCAGACAUGGCUGACACAGAGCCCAACGACAACGCUUUCUCCAACGCCAACUCACACAGCGACUCCACGCUGUCCCCAGACAGAGACACGACGGGCCCGCGGAUCAAGGAUGGACCAGGACGUUACGAGCUCUUUGCUUUCAUCAGCCACAUGGGAGCGUCCACGAUGUCUGGACACUAUGUUUGUCACAUCAAAAAGGAGGGAAGGUGGGUGAUCUACAACGACCACAAAGUGUGUCUGUCAGAAAGGCCUCCAAAAGACUUGGGCUACAUCUACUUUUACCAUCGACUGUCUAGCAGUUAAAUGAAAGUCCCCGCCCCCCACCACCAUGCAACCUUUUAAAGAACCGCAGUCGUUCACCCCGAAGACUGGCAGACAACUGUAAUAACAGCUGCAGUGGAAACGAUGGAAAUAACCUCUCAGACCAGCUGCUCCCUUACCGUGAUGUCAUUCAGUGAGCAACGCUGGUCAGAAAGGGAAAGCAAUGUGCUUUUUGUGCAUUUGUGUUAUGUCAUGCUUUAAAUGUAUAUUUCAGUGUUUAUGUCUCAGAAAAGACAUUUUCUUGACAGUGGCGGUACAGAGGGAUGUGUGCAAUUUCCACUUCUGGAGUGCUCCGUACACGAAAUAAUGUCACAUAUCAAAUCUCAUUGUUCCUUCUCUAUGCCUUCAGCUACUGUACCAGGAUUUUCACAGUGGUACAUUUUAUAAAUGUAUAUUGAAAUGGGAGUGCUUCACUGCCAGCCCUGAAAUGCUCUGAAACUGCAACAACAAACAAGAAGUGACUGUGCUGCCGGUGGUUUUGCGUUUUACAUUGAAAUACAAAAGAAUGUUUUUCAUCCCCAGGAAGUUGCAAGGACACCAAGAAUUAAAAUGUUUUGGUUGGACACUGAGAGAAAUUACCUACGUUCUGUAUGCAAGUUUUAGGCUGAAGGAGAGCACCAGGAAGGCCAUGAAUGGCUGUUAACUUAGAUAGAAAUACAGUGGCUCAAACCUGCCCCAGUUUUAUCUGGAGAUGAUGUGCAAGUUUGUCCCUUUAAUGAGAAACUUUCUGAAGUACGCUGGCUGAGUUAUCAAGAUACAAGCAUUUUUCUUUCCCUGAAAGCACUUUUUGACUAAAACGAGUUCAUAUUUUGCACCUGAUGCAGUUGAAGUGGACAUUUAGUUCACCAGCUGUAAGCAAUUGAAUGUGAUAUCUUAAAUUUCAGCUUCAGCACUGCUGAGCCACUAAAUCCUUGAAGUGGCUAUUAGUCGAUGAAGAGAUGACCAUAUUUCUUCUAAUUCAUGCCUCAUACAAGCAUAGAUGUGCUUACUUUAAGAUCUCUAUCAAAUCAUCAGUUUACAUUUAAGUGCAAAAUCCUGCACUGAACCCCGUUCAUUAGUUAUGUGUGCCUGCCCAAAUUGCAGAAUGUUUGCAUAGAAGGCAAAACUUCACUACUCUCAGCUGCAGCCGGUCCAGUUUGGUUCCUUUAUCACGUUGACAGAUUCAGACUAUGACCCAUAAGUUAAAAUGAAUGUUUUUCCUUGACCUGUUGCCACUUUUUGCAGGUCAGGUUAAUUCAGUUAUGCAUCACAUCCAAAGCAAUAUAUGCACCUCAACCAAAUCUACUCUUGAACCUACUGUAUGGUGACAGCUGUACAGUGAGCAGUAUCUCCUCCAACAUGUGCAUUCUUGUACUGAUGUUGCAGUGCUGAAUUUAUAACUUCAUGGUGCUCACUGCAACCCAAACCUCCUGUUCAGCUUUAAUACUUAAAGUAGAAACUGGCCCUUUGCUGUUGAGUCACUAUAACCUCAUGCUGGAUUACCCACAGACUCUGUGCUCUCCUCAUUUAUCUACUCAGUCUUUUCAUAACGUGCCGGAUGGACUCAACGUGGAUAUGCUUGUUUGUCAGAUAUGUGUGAAGUGACCGUCUCUGACUGUCAGCAACAUCUCAGUGUUAUGGUUCAUAUUCUCUAUUUACAGCUUAAACUUGUGAGCUACAUGGAACUGGACUUGAAUCUGGUUUAUCUGUUGCAUCUCAUUGUAAUGUUACAAACUGUUGGUAUAUCAGUGGCACAAAGGCUUUAUGGUGACCCUGGCAUGCGCUGAAACUGUUUUUCACUCACUGUUGCACUUCUCUGUGCAUAUUUUAAAGGGGAGUUCUGCUGAAAAUAGACUUUCUGUGUAUGACGUAUUCUGCAAAUGUCGAUGCUUUCUUAACGCUUCUACUUUUAGAUGAUUUACGAGUCGUUACCUCUCAUAUUCAAGGACAGUCCUUUGAAAGUAAAUUGCUGUUUCUGAGAAGGGUUGACAGACAUGUAUUUACUGCAUAUCUAUUGAACAUCAGAAACUGUGGAAGAUGGUGAAGGAAUGCGAUUGUCCUUAAAAAUGUCUUUCAACAGUCUACGCUGCCGUCACUGGAGCGUCUUUCCCCGAGGGCUCGUGUCUUUAUGGAAGCUUUCAGAUAAUUAUCCAUUUUGCAGAAUAACUCCAUCUUUCAGCCGUGCUCCCCUUUAACAACACUGUGCCUCAACUUCACUGAGUUUUAUUAUAUCUCCACCCCUCAACUUCAUCAGAUACUACUUGAUAAACUGCUGCAGUGUUUCAUUGUCUAUGCAGCCGGGAAUUCUAAAAGGUCUCUAUGCAAGUCUGCCGUUUUUUUUAUUUUUUUGUCAGAAACGAAAUGUGUCCUCCUGUCAGGCCCCGGUCUAAAGUCAGCUUUUGUGCUCAUCAUCAUCAGCAGAUGGAUGAUAAAAGUGUCGUCUUGCUUAAUGUUUAGUUAGAAAUGUCUUGAGAUUUUCUGUGCAAUUCAUUUUAUUUCUCAGCACCUUUUGUCCCCCCUGCACAUUCUCUAGAUUACGUUAUCGUCUUUGUACUUUUGUCUUCUUGUUUCAGCUUUCCCUCCAGCUCGGUCUCCUCCAUUCUUCCUCUCUACGUUGUUAAUGGUUCAUUUUGUCACAAAAAAGCGUUUUCACUGUCCGCAUGUGCACUAGACGUUGACAUUUAGUCAUUUGGAUUGUACAAUUGUACCUUGUGAGUUUUAUUCUCUUUUUUUCAUUUAACUAAAUGUCAAAAAGGUUCUUCACCUGUUUUUACUCUGUUGCCUUUUUUGCAAACAGGUUUGUGCCAAUUCUGUAGUUUUCAUUACAUAGUUUUCCUGAAGGGAUUAUUUUAAGUUGACUUUUGUAAUGUAUGUGUUUAUCCAAACAUGGUUUAGGUGUAUGUGAAUAGAGUACUGACAGUAUACUCAGUGGCACUGUUUACCUGCGAGA